AUGGAGUACCAACAUGACGUAGAGAUCAACGGAGAAGACAAGUACAUCUGCAAACAUAAUGGUUUGUGCAAGAAAGAGAAGGACUCCAAAGAUGAUACAGAUUCAAACAAGCUUUCUCAUAUUGAGAAGGCUUAUACCACCAUACUGGGUGAGCUGGGAGAGGACGUCGACCGGGAGGGACUUCUACGUACACCCCUACGUGCAGCCAAAGCCAUGCAGUUCUUCACCAAAGGCUACAAAGAAACCACUCAAGAUAUCAUGAAUGACGCAAUCUUUGAUGAAAACCACGAUGAGAUGGUGAUUGUCAAGGACAUCGACCUGUUUUCUCUCUGUGAACAUCACCUGGUGCCCUUCUUUGGCAAGGCUCACAUAGCAUACCUCCCAAAUAAGAAAGUGGUUGGCCUAAGCAAGCUUGCUAGAAUUGUUGAAAUAUACAGCAGGAGGCUUCAAGUUCAGGAGCGUCUCACCAAACAGAUUGCUUCAGCCAUCUCUGAGGCGCUGGAGCCGGCUGGAGUAGCAGUGGUGAUUGAGGCUGCCCACAUGUGCAUGGUGAUGAGAGGUGUGCAGAAGAUAAACGCCAGCACUGUUACAAGUGUCAUGCUGGGAACAUUUCAGGAUAAUCCCAUCACCAGGAACGAGUUCCUUGACCUCACUAUCAGGAAGUGA